CUUGAACAUAUUAAUUAAAAGAUUUUUUUCUGUUUCACACCAUACUCGAUACGAAAAAAUAUAUUCCGUACCAUUGCUUCAGAUUUGUAGAAUUUCAAGAAUUUAUUUUUAAUGAAUUUUCAAUACGUACGUACCUAGAAAGCUGUUAAUAUAAUGGCAAGUUGUGAUUAGUCAAUUACAUGCCUUUACCCCCAUCAUAAGGAAUCAUGGUACUCAGGAUCGUGGAUACACGUGGUUUUGUGUUAAUAAAAACAUAAUUUCCAGACAAGAAUUCAACCUCCAAUAAGACUUUGAGGAUUGUGGGUUUAAUUAUUAUUUAUUUAUUAUGUAUAUCUUUGUAAUAAUUGGAUUUCUGUGGAUGGUUAGAUGGGUUCCGUUCGUGUAUGAAUAUUAACGCUUGUGUGUAGCUAGAUACAACUCCCUGGGAUGUAUAUUGCUAAUAUUUUUAAAUGCAAUAAAUUUAUGAUAGUACAAAAUAGUCCUAGUUAAUUGAUUAAAAGGACAAAAUAUUUAUUUAAAAAAAAAAGAAGAGAAAACCCUAAUGGAAAAAAAGAGCUAUAAUAUCAACCACAGCCAUCUUCCAAGCUACUACCGUCCUUAUUUCAUUUUUUCUUGUGGUUUAUAUCUACGAAAAGCGUUCGUUCCUUCCAACCUUUUUUUUCCCAUUCUUUUCCCUUCUUUCUCUUUCUCUCUCUCUUUUUCUCUUUUUGAUUGUAUGGGCGGCUGAGACUGAUAUAGCCCCAUCAAAAUCUACAUCAUAUAACCAUUUUAUUACCUUCCUUAAAGAAGAAGGGAACGAUCGAGGCCGCAAAUAAGGAAGAAAGAAACCAAAAUGGCUAGCUCAUCUUCACAGUGCGGAAAUGAUGGUCAAAGCUCUCAAAAUUGCUCGGAGGUUGGUGGCGGAGGCGGUUCCGGGCUGCCCUCCGCCGGUAUCGGCGAUGGAGGAAAAGGGUUCAUGCUUUUUGGGGUUAGAGUUAUGGAAGGCUUAUCAUCAUCAUCAUCAUUUAGGAAAAGUGCGAGCAUGAACAAUCUUGCUCAGUUUGAAAUGCCUCAAGACUCCAUGAUUAAUACUGAUGUCAAUGCUGGCUAUGCUUCUGAUGAUGUUGUUCAUCCCUCCGCUAGAAGCCGCGAGCGAAAAAGAGGUAUAACUGUCCAUUCUUAUGUCUGUUCUGUCUUUUUCCGUCUCAGGAUAACAGUCGUAUUUCUGUAACUAGAUUUCGAUACUAAUUAAUAAAUGUUUCUAGCUACAUAUCGUUAAUUACAUUAGGGAUAUUAGAAAUCUAAUUUGAUUGAAAUACCCUCAAAUAUGUAUACAUAUUUUGACUAUUUUGUGUGCGUAUUAAUUUGUGUAGGAGUGCCAUGGACUGAAGAGGAACACAGGCUGUUUCUAUUAGGAUUGCAAAAAGUAGGGAAAGGAGAUUGGAGAGGAAUCUCAAGAAACUUUGUUAAAACUCGUACCCCAACUCAAGUUGCUAGUCAUGCUCAGAAGUAUUUCCUCCGCCGCAACAACCACUCCCGCCGCCGCCGGAGAUCUAGUCUCUUCGACAUCACUACUGAUGCGGUUGUUUGUACAUCAAUCGAGAAUAGAGCGCAAGAAGAAUCUAUGUCCCAACCACCAUCGUUGCAAUCUCAAAAAAAUAUAAUCAACAAUCUCGAAAGUUUUCCGAUGUCAACUACUACUACUACUACUUUUCCUAUGAAUAUUGCUCCGGUAAUGUUGCCAUCAUCAUCGUCACUAGAGAGUCUUACAUUAGGACAAAGCAAUAAUCAAGUAAUACUCCUAAAAAAUACUACUACAUCUCCUUCACCCAAUCUCAUUUGUCCGAUUCCGAUUCAUGUUCCAGUUCCUCCAUCCUCAAAAAUGGCGGAUCUUAACUUGAACCCGACAAAUUCAACCGACCCUUUGCCCUUAACGUUGAAACUUUCCACCCCGUCAUCGGAGCAGUCGCCGCCGAGGCCACCGACAAGGCACACGUCAGCAUUUCAAGGCAUGCCAAGUAGCUUCGACAACAGUAGUGGGGAUAGCAUCAUCAGUGUUGCUUGAGAAUUGAGAUGGAUCCAUCCAAUGGGAUUGAAGGACAAAAAAAAAAAAAGAGUUUUAUUUUAUUAAUUUGGUGGUGGUGAUGAAUCUGAUGGAUGAUUGACGAUGAUAUUAUAAAUUUAUAUAUAUAAGAUUAGUGGUUUCUUGGUACGUUUUUUACGUUGUAAAGUAGGAAGGAGUUUCAAGUAGAAUUAUUAUAAUGGGAUCCGCUAUAGAUUGAUAGGUCUGAUUAGCUUUUUCUAAUCUUUGAUGAUCGUGGAUUAAAAUCCAAAUUAGGGUGAUUAAUCAGAGCCAAAUUCCUUUGUUGUACAGUAGCUUGAGUUGAUAUCAAUGAAAGGUUAUGGGAAUGAGACGCUGUCAUUUUCAAUUGUUUAGGGAUAUUUAUUUUUAUUGAUUUGUCCACUUCCUCUAAUUUGUGGUGCGUGUAAUAAUAAUUGCAUAAAAAUGGUGAAAAAAAGAACCUUUCAAUUCUGCUUUUGAUCUCCCG